AUGGCAGCAAAUGAUCAAAACAAACGAAUUAUUCAAGCAACAAUUGAUGAGCUUCUUGUAAUUGAAGGUGGCAAAGCCUUCUUCACUGUCUUGAAUGAGAAGGCACAAAUUUGCAGCUUGUUCAUUGUUCCAACACAGAAACUUUGUGAAAUUGAUCAAAUGCUGAACAAGUUGCUGAAAUGGAAAGGGAUGGACUUCAACGAUGGCAAACCCCGCGGACUCUACACAGAUACAUGGCCAAACAGCAAGGACUACUGGGAGAAACGCCUUGGACCAAACACAGAAGGAGCAUUGGGUCUGUUCCAUUUCAAUCAGUGA